AUUAUUUUUAAUAAAUAAUUUGUUUUUUCAUUAUAUCACAAUAAAAACUAUAGAUAAUAAUAAAAAAAAUUUAGUUUUUUUUUAUUUUUUUUAGAUUAGAAAAAGAUGGUAAAGCUUUUUGGGAAGUCUAAAAAAAAAGAACAAGACCCACAAUCCAUAGAUGUUGCAUUCCAAAGUAUUUUGGAUGAAAUUGGUGUUGUUGAGGCAGAGAAAAAACACUUAAUGGCAACAAUGGAUUCAAUAAGAAAACAACAAUUAAUUCAAUCAUAUCAAAGUAAAAAAUUUUCAAAAAUUGAUUUUAAUAAUAAAUCUAAAAAAAAAUCAAAUGUAACACAAUCACCGCAAUAUUUUGCAGAUAGUUUAAAGAAUGAUCCUUCAAAAGAAAUUUUAACAUCACUUCGUGUCCGUUUAGGUAACCAACCCCUAAAGUGGUUAAAAGAAUUUUUAUCUUUGGAUGGUGUACAAUUACUAAUAAAAGUUUUAACUUCAAAUGAAAUCAAACAAGUUAAAAAUCAAGAUGAUAUUUAUAAAAUUGCCCAAUGUUUACAUUCUCUAAAGUUAAUUAUGAAUACAAAGAUUGGUUUAGAAUCAGUUAUAAAAAAUCCAAAUAAUAUUAAUUCAAUUUCUUUGGUUAUGGAUACCACACAUUUAAAAACAAGGAUUAUGGUAACUGAACUUUUGGCUGCACUAUGUGUUGUUCACUCAAAGGGUUUACAGUUAGUUUUGGCCGCUAUGGACAAUUAUAGAAGUGUAAAGAGGGAAAAGAAACCAUUUAUUCAUUUAAUUCAAGGUUUAAAAACUCAAUCUCUACAAGCAGUAACAUUUGCUCUUAUUAAUACUCUUAUUAGUAGUAGUCAUAAUGUUAGUGAAAGACAAAGAAUUAGAGGCCAGUUCAAAAAACUUGGUAUCACUAAAAUAAUAGAAGAGUUAGAGCCAGAGUUUGCAAAUAACCCCGAUUUAGCUACCCAAAGGGAUCUUUAUGAACAAGAGGCAAGAUGGGACGAUCAAGAACAAAUGGAAAUUCAAAGAGGAGAUGUUAGUGAAGAUGAUCCAGAAGUUAUUUUAAAAACAAUUUUAGGAAAAAUCCAAGGUUCCUCAAUGCAUCCAGCUUUCAUUUCAAUUUUAAAAUUAUUAAGUACCAGUGCUGAUGACUCGGAUGACUCUGCCCAAGCCAAGGAUCAAGGUCUUUCAAAUUACUUAUUCCUCGAAAAGAUAUUAACAAAGAUUAAUGGUGGUGAAAGUUUUACAGAUGACUUGGGUCAAUUUUUUGGUGGCAUGGAAAUAGAUCAUGUUUCUGGUGAAAAAGCUGUUCUAAUACAAAAAGAAAUUGAAGAUUUGAAAAAGCAAAAGAAAAAAGAUCAAGAAAAAUUAUCAGAAAAAGAUAUUUUAUUAACCAAGUUGGCUAAACGUAUGAGAAAGUUAGAGGAGGCUAUUAAAUCUGGCAAGGGUUUGGAAUUUUUAAACAAUGAAAUUGAUAUCCCAUCACCUAUUGACAGUUCAGCUCCAACACCAACAGAAACUACACCAGGAGGUACAGUAGUACCAUCACUAAAGACCAAAACUUCACCAAGCUCUCAGAAUCUUAAGGGAAAUAUAUCAUCAUUCACUACUGCCAAAGCCCCAAAUGGUGUAACAGAUUUCCUAAGUGGUAUAAAUGGAGAUGAACCAGCAUCAACCUCGGCAUCAUCUGCUGACUCUAGCGGUAUACCAUUACCACCAGGUGCUCCACCACCCCCACCACCACCAGGAGGUAAAUUGGCACCAUCUACUCCACAAUUAUGCUCUCGUCCACCAAAUUGCAAGAUGAAGUCAUAUCAAUGGACUCGUUACCGUACCAGAAAUAUAAAUAAUACAUUCUGGAAGAAAGUUAAUCUCACCAAAUAUAAUGAUGUUCUUCCAUAUGAACACAUUGAAAGUUUAUUUGCUGCUGCUGUCUUUGAGAAAAAAGAAAAAGAAUUAAAGAAAGGUUCAGAAGUAACUGUUAUUGAUUCAAAGAGAGCUCAAAAUAUUGGAAUUCUCUUAUCAAGAUUCAAAAACACAUCGUACGACCAACUCCAUGAUGCCAUUUACAAUUUGGAUGAAACCGUUUUAGACCUCGAAACAAUAAAUCAAAUGAUAAAAUAUGUUCCCUCAAAAGAAGAAAUAGAUUGUAUCCAUGCAUUCAAGAAAAAGCAAGAGGAGCUCCCCCAAGAAGAAAGAAUGAGAUUGGGUAAAGCCGAACAAUUUAUAGAUAAAAUAUCAUCAAUUCCAAGACUUACUCAAAGAAUUCAAGCAAUUCAUUUUAAAUUAAAUUUCCCUGAAAAACUCUAUCAAGCCAAACCAGAUAUUAGAAAAUUCAACGAAGCAUUCAGCCAACUUCAAAAUAAUAACAUUUUUGCGGUUAUGGAGUUAAUUUUAUCAAUUGGUAAUUUUAUUAAUUUUGGUACCAUUAGAGGAAAUGCAAGUGGUUUCAAGAUUGAUUCAAUUAAUAAAUUAGCCGAUACAAAGUCAAAUGUUCGUGAAAAAUAUACCCUAGUUCACUACAUAAUAGAAUACCUCGAAAGCACACAACCAGAACUUUUAACUUCAAUUAUAGAAGAAAUUCCAUCAGUUGUAGACUCAGCCACCUUAUCAUUCUCACAAUCAUCAUCAGAAAUUAAAAUGUUAAGAAGUGGAUUAAUAAAAUUGGAAAAAGAAAUAUUUUCAAAAACAAAACAAACACAAGAAACCAUUGUUGAAGAGAGUGAACCACAAGAGGUUACAGAGGAGGGUGAUGAUGAAAAACAAUCAAAUAUGUUUGCAAAUCAAUUAAAGAGAAAACAAGUAUCAACAGAAAACCCUGAAGAUAUAAAUCAAUCAUUACCACCAAUCGCAGAGGAUGAUCCAUUAAGAGUUAAACUAUCUGAAUUUUUAGUAUCCUCAAAAACCGAGUUGGACGAUGCAGAAAAAUUAAUGGUCGAUACUGAACAAGAAUAUCAAAAAGUUUGCAAAUUUUUUGGUGAAGAGCCAAAAAUGGUACCAGAGGAAUUCUUGGCCAUUUUCAAAAAGUUUAAUGAUAGCAUAGUUUUAUCAAAGAAAGAUUUAGACAUUGAAAAAAGUCUAAAAGAAAAAGCCAGCCAAAGAAAAGAAGAGAAGAAAGAAAAAGAAAUCC